AUGGAGAUGGAAAAGAAAAGGAGUUAUAGCCAAAAGAGUGAAGACUGCUCCAGACGGCUCUAUCGAGAAUCAGCGCCCAAACCGCGCAGUCCGGCUGGCCGAGGAACGAAUGUUCCGCGCUCGGCCAAACUGUCCGUCCGACUGAAGUCUCGGCCAAAGUCCAAAACCGUUCGGCCGAUCACGCAACACGACCCGGGAAACAUUGCCCGCGGUCGGCCAAGCCAAACGCUCACGCCACGCCGCGCACGAUCACGCCGCGCGAGCCGGGAAACAAAGCCUCGCGGCCGCGCAACCCGUUCUGCGUACCACGGCCGAUGCAUCCGUCCGAGCCGGGAAGAACGUCCCACGUCCGGCCAGAGAAUUUCAUCGGCCAAAUCUCUAUCCCUCGACCACGCGGCCGACCGCAAAUCCGUCCGGCCACGACCGUUCCGACUCGGCCCACGACCCGACUGUCCGGCCGAUCGUCCCGACCGACCGUCCCAACGCCGCGGUCGACCCGAAGCCCUUUUUGAAGCCCAAACUUAUGUUUUCAAGCCCGGCUUAACCCUAGCCGCCUCUAGAAAGACCUAG